AUGGGUGAGGAUACUUACUUAUGGAAACAUGUGCAUGGUGUUUAUGAGGAUAACUUCUCGGCCCUUCAAACAUGGGAACAAAUAAGAUGCAAGAAGAGCGAAGUUGUGUGGAGUCGAAGUCUCUGGUUUACUCAAGGUAUUCCUCGCUGCGCUUUUAUUGUUUGGUUGUCUGUUCAGAAUAGACUCUCUACUGGAGAUAGGAUGAGGACUUGGAGAAUUCAACAAGCUUGUGUUCUAUGUGGCGAGAGGGAUGAAACACGAGACCACUUGUUCUUUGUGUGUCCUUAUUCCUGUACUGUCUGGGAUCGCUUAGCUUGCAGACUUGUGGGGAGAAGAAUAAAUCAAGAUUGGCAGGAUAUGCUCCAGUUCAUUCAAACAGGUGCAGCUAAUCAACUUGAUCAAGUGAUCAUUCGAUUAGUCUUUCAGUUGGUGGUGUGUCAUGUAUGGACGGAGAGAAAUAAACACAUUCAUCAACAAGGGCAGUUGGGGACUGAGCAGAUGAUUACCCAAAUCAACAAGAAAGUGAAGAACAAGAUAACUUCACUCCGUUACAAAUUUGAUCACUCGCUGAGUGGCCUUAUGAGAAGAUGGUUUGAAGUUAUAUGA